AUGGCUACAGAAACAACCUCAUUUGAAAACUUCCCCAUCAAAUACCAAGAAACAUUUGCUCUCAUCAACGUCUUUGAAAAGCAGGUCGGAAAGUAUGCUGAUCAAGUCUAUGUUCGCUACUAUGGUCGUAUCGAGAAUGGCAAGCACGGUUACAAAACACUCACUUAUGCCGAGGUGGACAGAGUAGCAACCAAUUUGGCCUGUCAAUGGAAGAACAAGAUCAAGGGCUACAAGACAGUGGCUUUUAUGGCUGAUCAAUCUGUUCAGUAUUUCCUCUGUGUACUUGCUUGCCUGAAAUUGCGUAUUACCUUCUUGGCUCUGUCUCCUCGUAACUCUGAAGCUGCAGUAGCCAGCUUGUUAACCAAGACGGAUUGCCACUUUUUGUUUGCCACCAGCAAGUACGCCACUCUGGCUCAAAGUGCUGCUGGUCAAGUGGACGGCACUAUCUGUGAAGUGCUCCCUUCUUUUGAUUUGGUAGGUCGUCUCAAGCAACCUCUCAACCCCUUGGCUUCCAAGAUCCUGGACAAGCAUUUCAGUGAAAAGGAUAUCGAGCAAACCUGUGCCAUCAUCCAUAGUUCUGGCUCAACUGCUUUCCCAAAGCCUAUCUGUCUCAGCAACAGAUACCUCAUUUGUGGUAUUCAGUCAAUUCCUCGCCAUGCGUUUGGCCAAGAUCCUAGCGUAGCUCCAUCUUUUGGCGAUGUUCAAUUGUGUUGUCUUCCCAUCUUCCACAUGUCUGGUUUCAUGGGCUCUUUCAAUAUGUCUCUUGUAGGUGGCAGCAAUGUCUAUCUCCCCAAGUUUCCUCCUUCGGCUCGUGAAGUGUUGAUGGCUCUCGAGGUCAAUGGUGGCACUCAUAUGCUCGCUCCUCCUCUUAUCAUUGAUCAAUUGAUUCCUUCUCUCAAUGAAUCCCAGGACUAUAUUCCUCUUCAAAAACUCAAGUACAUUUGUGUUGUUGGUGCUGAAUUGGACGAAAAGACGGGUGAUUACUUCCAUGCCAACAAGGUCAACAUCUGUAACGUGUAUGGCAUGACAGAAAUCAAUUUCCUCAUGGGUGGUGAUAUGCGAAAGGUCAAGGAGAACAAAUGGAUCAUUAUGAGCCCCAUGAAGGCCGCUAACCCUUACAUUCGCUGGGAACCUGUUGAAAAUGAGCCCAAGCAACGUGCUCUCAUUGUCCGUGGUAAUUGCCCUGCUUUAGCUACUGGCGUAUCCAACCGUGCUGAUGGUGAUUAUGAUACCAACGAUCUUUUCAUGGAAAUUGCAGAGGGUAGCAAUCAAUGGAGAUACCUAGGCCGCAAGGAUGAUACGUUGGCUAUGAAGAAUGGCGAAAAAACCAACCCCGUGCCUAUGGAAUCGGCUAUUCGUGCCUCUCCUAUCGUGAAGCUGUGUACCGUCAUUGGCGAGGGUCGUGAGUGCACUGCUGCCUUGAUCGAAUUAGACAAAGAUCAUGCUUUCGGUUGCACUCCUCAGCAAAUGAUGGACGAGGUCUAUGAAGCUGUUGCCAAGGCCAAUGAGAAUGCUCCCAGUCAUAGUCAUCUGCUCAACCAAAUGAUCUACAUCUUACCAUUUGACUUCCAUUUGCCUCAUACUGACAAGGGUACUGUUCCUCGCAAGAAGGCUAUCCGUAUGUACAGUGAAGUCAUUGACAAGCUCUACAAGGACUUUAUCGACGGCCCUGCUCCUGCUUCCAACACUACCCAGUCCCAGCUAAAGAGCACUGCCAACUGGGCCGCUGAUGAAAUUGACAACUAUCUCUCUCAAGCUGCUGCUGUCGUUCUCCACACUGACCCCAACGUCUUUUUGAAGAAUCCUACUGCUUCUCUCUUUGAUCUAGGCCUCAAUUCACUACUGUCUAUACAAUUGCGUAACCGUAUUGCCCAGUCGUUCGACAACGUGGCCCAAAACUUUCUGUUUGAGCAUCCCAACAUUGAGAGCAUGCGAAAUGCCUUGAUGGGCGAAUCUGAAGAAGCACAAGAAGAUGUGGUCGCCAAGCAUUACAUGGAAACUGAAGAAAUUCUCGAAAAGUACAUCCGUAUGGCCAAGAAAGAAUUCCCUGUUGCAAAGACCAAUUAUCCCAAGGAUGUCAAGCAAACUGUUCUUUUGACUGGUGCUACUGGCGCUGUGGGUUCCUUCAUGCUGCGUGAUUUACUACAAUCUGACCAGAUCAAGAAGGUCUACUGUCUCGUGCGUGGCCGUAAGGGCACUGAUCUGAUGGGCAGAAUUCGAGAUGCUUUCUCUGAUCGUUUGUUGGAUACUUCUUUCUUGCAAUCUGGUCGUGUCGAAGCCUUGCCCAUGAAUCUAAAUGACGCCUACCUUGGCUUCUCUCAAGAGGUCUAUAACCGCUUAAGGGAAGAAGUUACUGUCGUUCAAGCCUGUGCAUGGCUCCUUGAUUUCAAUCAGCCUGUGACCCACUAUGAAAAGGAAUGCCUCGCUGGUUUCUAUAACUUGAUCAAGUUUGCUUACAAGGAAGAAAACCCUAUGCACUUUCACCAUGUCUCGUCCAUCACUGCUACCGCUAAAUACGGCGCUGUCAUUCCAGAAGAACCUAUGCCAAGGAAUCCAUUUGUGGCUCUUUCGAUGGGCUAUGGCCAGUCGAAAUAUAUUUGUGAGCACUUGAUGACUUAUCUCGCUGCCGAAAAGAACUUCCCUUGCUAUAUCGAACGUCUUGGUCAAGUCUGUGGUGAUUCUGCUAAUGGUGCCUGGAACACAAGCGAACAAUUCCCCAUCAUGAUUGUCAGUGGUGGCAUUCUGAUGCAUGCCAUGCCAAAGCUCACCACUCGUAUUGACUGGAUCCCGCUCAACUUUGCCGCUAGUUCCAUUGCCAAAAUCAUGAUUGAUACUGCUACCGACAAUGCCAAUGCCCCCCAGGCUGUUUUCCAUAUUGUGAACCCCAAUGAAGUCAUGUGGACUGACGUUCUGAGCGCUAUGAAGCAAAGCGGCAUGCAAUUUGAAGAAGUCUCUGUAGAAGAAUGGAUCAAGAUUCUGUCUGAACAUGAAGAUAACCCAGCUUACAAGCUCAUGUCCUUUUACGAGAGUGCCUUUAAAGAUCUCACUGACUGUCCUCACUGGAAUACCGACAAAACCAUCCAAACUGCACCCAUGCUCCAAGAUGCUCCUUCGUUUAAUAAGGAUCUUUUGAACAAGUACAUUUGCUACUGGCGCAAAGAGGGUUUCUGUAAUUAG